UUUUAUUUUUAUUUUUAUUUUUCCCCUUGAUGAACAACGUAAUAAAAAAAGAGGAUAAAAGAGGAGUUUGUAAUUUCUCUCUUUUUUCAGUUCUUUUCUUUUUCUCCAAACAAAUUUAAAAAUUCAGUAAUAACUAGAAUCUAUUAUUUGCAUUCAAUAGUUUUUUAUAGCGUAUCACCCCCUUUUCUCUCUGCCUUUAUUCUUGUUCUUCCCCCCUCCAUUACAUUUAUAAACUUCACACUAAACACAUGAGCGGGAGCGAAACAAAACAGGACAUUUACGGGUGCAGGUGCCUGAAUGUCAGAGUGCAUGUGGAAUCGACAGCUGAUGAGCGCACGUCUUUGGAAAACAUUAAAAAUGUGCUCCAAUGCACGCUAGGAGGGCUUUCAGCCGUUGAAGUGGGAUUGAAUGCGCUUGUGGAGGUCAAGCCUGGGUCUUCUGUUGACCGCAGCAUCAAGGUGCUGCGCUGCCUGCUGUGCAAAUCGCCUGUUCUGUACUUCAAGUCAGAAAACACUCGGAGGAUAUCCCAGCAGCAGAUGCCAGAGCCGCACAGCGAAGCCUUUUUGGACAAGGAAGCAACGGACCCGACGCGUGGUUCGCAGAUAAAGGCCCUGCCAGACUAUUCUGGGCCCUUUGGCGUGCUGCUGCUCAGCGAGUUUACCAGCAGCAGCGGGGGCGCGCGGGCAACGCGACUGAGCACCCACAUCCCGCGCGAGAUCCAGCAAAAGGCGGCCGAGUAUCUGCAGCGCCAAGAGGAGGCGAAGAACGAGCGCGUGCGCGAGUAUAUCCGAGCCCAGGACCAUGCGCUCGAGCAGCUCAAGGCGCGCACCAUGGACGAGUGCGCAAAGCUCAGCGACAUUAUCAAUGCAGCGCACCCGCAGCCUUCGGCCACAGCAUCCACGCAGAACGAGCCCGCUGCGCUGUCGGGGCUCGCUGCAAUGCUGCGGGGCGGCGGCGGUGGCGGCGGCGCCCUUGGGCGCAAUCCGAUCAUGCGUACCAGCCCGCUCGACCGGCGCCGCGGCAACAGCGACGACGACUACGCCAGCGACGACGCCGAUGCCAGCGGGCUGUAUGGGCUGGUGGACGUCGUCGAGCCUGCUGGCAGCCUGUCUGCGCGCGGAAUGGCCCGGCGGCGGCGCUUCGGCUCGCACCAGUCGGAGGAGCAGUCGGACGAUGAGGAGUCGUUUGGCAACUUUGCGCAGCAGCCGGCAGGCCAGCGCUUUUCGCCUGUGCGCAUGGCACCGUCGCAGCAGCAGCAGCAGCAGCGGACCGGCAAUCUCGGGCAGAUGCUGGCCGGGUCGGUGCCUAUCCAGAUUCCGAUGAUGACCAGCGGCUCGCUAAUUGGCGGCCGCUCGUUGAGUCGCCGUGAGUUCCAGCAGCGGGUCGAGGAAGGCGAGCGGGACCGCCGCCGUGAGCAGAUUGCCCGCGAGCUGCCGAGGACCUUUGUGCCGCCGCACCAGCUGCUGGACCAGAUCCACGAGAACGAUGCUGACCUGUUUAUCGGCAGCAAGCCGCGCGACUCGUACGGCUUUGGGAGGCGCUACGCUCCUGGCUAAUUAUAGAUUUUCUUUUGUUUGCAAUCAACCAAGCGUUGCUCACAAUGAUACUGUCUCUUUUGUUUUGUACUGCAAGGUCCGUUUUG